ACUAACACACGCGCGCUCAUCUACCACCAGCUGUCGUAUACGAAUAAAAACAUUCUGUAAUACAUUCAGUUCAGAAGUUUUUUAUUUGACGACUGAAAAAGUGGAAAUAUGUUCUACCGCCUGAAUUUUAAGUUUCAAAUAGUCGAUUUUGCCCACAAGUAAUUUGUUUGUAUUGAUCAAACCAUGCUUGAUACCCCGUAAAAAUCGAUUUAAAAAAAAUGUUGCCGGUUAAAAACGUUGAAUUAACUAAAGUACACUAUUUUGAGCCAGCAAAACAUCACAGAAACGUGGAAAUAUCGUCAAUAAGUCGGGAAGUUUUCCAGAAUACUUUCAACAAAAAUUUGAUAAUAAAAAAAAAUGUGUUCGGACAUAAAUGGGUUUUGAAAAUAAACGAACUUGAUGGCGACAGCCUCAAGAAGAGAAAAAGUGUUAGAUGUCUCCUAUAUUGUGUUGUGUUCUCCUGUAUUCUAUUUGCAGUUCUGAGCGGUCUUUUUUUCACCUUCGAAUUGGAAAAGAAGUUUUUUGAUUUUCCACACAUUGAUGUCGACCAGAGUUUAACUAACACAGCUGGAAAUACUGACAAAACUCUCAAGAACUUAUCGUAUGUAGAAAAUGAAGACGCUCUUGAAAAUUUCAAAUUUUCUGAACUGAAUUUGAGAGAAGAGAAUGGAUCUCUUUUAGAUAGCGUACAAAUUUCCAACGUAAGUGAAGAAAUUAAGAAUUUUCUAAUUCAGGAUUCUUUGAGCUCAAGCAACGCUCCAGAGAAGUUAUACUGUUCUAAUUGCACCGAAAACCACGUCUGUUUCAAGACUGAAGAAAUAGGGAAGCCGAAAUGUGUAGAUAUCGUUGACAGGCACGACCCAACUGGCUGUGGGGGACUGUGCAUUCUGAACGUCGAAUAUUGUGCCAUUUUAGACAGACUACACAAGGUGUACGAGUGUUCACCCUUGAAAAAUUUACUUAAGUGUCCUAGUGAUACGUUUAACUGUGGUGAUCAAUGCAUUGCUAGGAGUAAAGUUUGCGAUGGAAUCGUUCAUUGCAAGGAUAUGCAAGAUGAAAGAUUUUGCGAUUGUAAGCUGGAGGAAAAUUUUCAAUGUUCAAAUUCAACUAAAUGUCUUCCUAAAAAUAAGAGAUGUGAUGGAAUCAUAGACUGUUGGGACAGGUCAGAUGAAAAUGAUUGUCGCAAACUGUGUCCCUCGGGCCAGUAUACCUGCUUAGAUGGUAAAUGUAUCGCUCAAGAUAAUUUUUGUGACGGUGUCAUACACUGUUCAGACUCAAGUGAUGAACCACAAGGUUGUUUAUAAUGUAUUAUUUAUUGACUGAAAUAUAUUUUUAUAGCACUGU